AUGAUCGAUCGCAAAGUAUCUCGCUACUAUAAUGCCAUUGCGCAUAUCGAUCAGCAGCAUACAAGCACCUCGCCAGACCUGCUUCGACGCCUUGCCGAGGUCUUCGUCCGUCACAGCGUCCACGACAAUUUCGGCGUCUUCUUGCUGCACCGUCACGGCUCAGUCGCUCCUGACUCUGUCAUGGUCCACACAAGAGACGAUCCAGACACCGACGUAUGCGUCGAAGAAAAGCUAGGAAUGCGCGCGAUAAGCCCUUGCUCGUUCCUGUCAAAUACCCGAGACGAAUUUCUUCCCUUCGAGUACGAGACCCCUCCCCGAGCAGCAGUGGCUUGCCUUCCGAGCGCGGCCUUCCUCGUCGAGCUUGGAAACUUUUUAUGGGAUCAACAGCUACAGAACGUUUUCGGAUUGUGUACGGUGUCGCCACUUGAAAGUCCGUGGAUUGAGAAGGUCGUGGGAGAAAAAGGGGACACAGUUGCUACGCGAAGUCUUCAGAGCAUCAGCACGCGCGACGGCGACCAGGGCGUGCACGACGACAGAGUCGGGAGGUCACAAGAGGACUUAGACAUCUUCGAGUCUCGUGCGGCCGGCAAGACCUCCCUUAUGCGGCCCCGUUGCAUGCAUUCAGAAAUCACGCCUGAGGGCAAAGGCAGUCAGCUCAAGACGUCACGGCCGCUGACCUUUGAGUUCUUUACGCAUUAG